CCAGUGCCUCUUGUACCGAUCAUCGGCAAGGGAGUGCUAGAGGAGGAGGUUAUGGUGAGUUUUGUCACGACUAAUGGUGAGCCCACGACUACGACCACGUCAAAGCUGGUCUGGUGGAACCUCGUGGAUCAGAUGACGAUGACGCUGACAUCCUGCACCUCUGCUGCGAUGCUGCCGACCAGGACACGGGCAUCUCCGUCGCGCGCGCUCUACAAGUCUGGAUCCAUCAUCGUGCUCGGCAAGACUAACUUCCUUAGGCCAGGCAUGGAUCCCAUAACCAUAUGGACAGCCACAAAGAAAAGUGGCCUGAUUAGCUACAAGAAGAUCUUGUUCCAUGGACUCGAUCUCUGGACUGCACUAUCGUUGCCUCAGCCCCUAGGUCGUGCUGCCCUCUGGCCUCCUCAUCGUACAAUUCACCAACAUCUCCAAUGUAAGUGCAGCAGGUUCAGUAAUGAACUCAGAAGUGGCAUCAGAAUACUCCAAGAGUUUUUUGUUCUUUUUGCCUGGAUAUAUACCGAGGGCAAUGCAUUCAAAACUCCUAUAGAUGACGAAUCCCAUCUCUCCCUCUUUUCCUGGACACGGAUCCUAGCAUAA